AUGUUCGUCGAUGGCCAGCAGAAGUUCUCCGAGAUUACGACCUCGUUGCUGGAGGUGCUACGCGACAGAUUUCCCGAUGGCCUCACAAUCAGUCACACCUCUCCCGAGACGACAGCACUCCCAGAGGGCGAUGUGCAACUGGCUUAUGCGCUGCCUGUGAAUGCGACCGACCUGACACAAGGAUGGAAGAACAUCAAGGCCAGCGACAACGACAUCGCGGUCGCCAGAGGACUGAAGGACAAUUGCGUGGUGGCGUUUUCCUUUGACACGGAUGAGCCCGAGUUCCUGGUCGACGUGCCGAGUCUGGACGAGGAAAUGGAGGACGAGGAGGGCAUGGGAUCCGAUGCAUGA